AUGGAUCUUGCUUCAAUACUCUUCGCACUUUCGGGAGUCCUCUUCCUUCUGAUCCUCCACAAGCUGGUGGUCAACCCUAGCAACGGAAAAAACAAACCUCUGCAAAUCCCGGAAAUCCCAGGAGGCUUGCCUUUCAUCGGCCACCUCCACCUCCUCGGCGGCGAAGACACGCUGGCCAGGAAGCUGGCCUCCUUCGCCGACAAGCACGGCAGCAUGUUCACCAUCCGCCUCGGCGCCUACCCAACCGUGGUGGUCAGCGACUUCGAGUCCAUGAAGGACUGCUUCGUGAAAAACGACAGAGCCCUCGCCGCCCGCCCUCCUUCCACGCAGGGCAAGAUCCUCGGCAACAACUUCGCCGUCUUCGGGUUCGCCUCCUACGGAGAGUACUGGCGCAACGUCAAGAAGCUCAUCAUCACCGAGAUUAUGUCCCUCCCCAGGAUCAGGGCACUGAGGCACGUCCAGGUCUCCGAGGUGGACGUCCUGAUCAGGGACCUCCACCUCCAGUGCAGCAGCAGCCAGCAGGCUGAUCACGAGGUGGUGGUGAUCAGCGACUGGCUACAGAACUUUGUCCUCAACAUCAUCACCAGGAUGGUGGCGGGGAAGAAGUACUUCGAGAACCUGGCAGACAGCGUCGGCCUGCAGGCCGAUGCUGGAGGCCGCCCCGUGGGGGAGCUCAUCAGGGAGUUCAUGGACGUGAACGGGUCCCUCGUUCUGUCGGAUCUGAUCCCGAUCCUCGGGUGGAUCGACAUCAAGGGGAUGAAGAAGGCCAUGAGGAGGAUCUCCAAGGAGCUGGACGUGAUCGUGGACGGUUGGAUCGACGAGCACAAGGUGAAGAGGAACAAGUUGGGUGACAACUUGGUCCCCGAGGAUUUCAUCGACGUCAUGCUCUCAGUUGUCGAUGACAACUUCGACCCUUCUUCCAAACACGACAAGGAAACCAUCAUAAAGUCAACCGCCAUGGUAUUUUUUUUUUUUUUACAGGCGGUGAUCAUUGCGGCGGCGGACACGACAUCGGUGACGCUGACGUGGAUGCUGUCGAACCUGCUGAACAACCGGCGAGCCAUGGCGGCGCUGAAGCAAGAGAUCGACGAGAAAGUAGGGUUUGACCGGAUCGUGGAGGACUCGGACCUCGAAAACCUGACGUACCUGCACGCGGUGAUAAGGGAGACGCUGAGGAUGAACCCGGCGGGGCCGAUCUCGGUGCCGCGCGUGGCGUCGGAGGAUAUCACCAUCCGUGGCUACCACGUGCCGAAGGGGACGCGCUUCUUCGCCAACUUCUGGAAGCUUCACCGGAACCCGGAGAUGUUCCCCGAGCCGGACGAGUUCAGGCCGGAGAGGUUCCACGAGAAGGAGGUGAAGGUGGACAUCUACGGGAGGGAUUUCGAGUACCUGCCGUUUGGCACCGGGCGGCGGUCGUGCCCCGGGAUGAACUUCGGGAUGCAGGUGGUGCAGCUGACGGCGGCGAGGCUGAUCCAGGCGUUUGACUUUGGGACGCCGUUUGACCUGCCGGUGGACAUGACGGAGGCCGACAGCACCACGCUCGCCAAGGCGAAGCCGCUGGAGGUCGUGCUGACCCCACGCCUUUCGCCGGAGCUUUACCGCCAGGCUUGA